UCUAAAAACGUUUCGAUACACUAUGGCGUUAACCUUGAAUGAUAUCACAUUUCUAAACGUAUAUUAAAUACGAUGAUUUCUUUUCAUGAGCCACAAGACGGUAUCGCAAGAGUCAGCAUAAAUGAACUACUUUAUCUUACAAGGAACUGUAGUAUUUCAGUGAGUAUUUCCUGCAUGAAUUAAUUAUGAUAAUAAGUUAGUAUAAACAUCUCAUAGUGAGCCCUUGUUUGCUGUACUACAAACAUUUUAAAAGAAAAAGACAAAAGCUUACUUACAUGAGCGUACAAAAUCCAAAUAAAUAAAGUUGCUAGAAAAUCGAAGGCCGCAAGAAGACAGAACAGCCGGCGUGAUGGAGAGAAGGAACGGUAUGUCGCCGAGGAAACUAAAACCGGAGUAUGGCUGUUAGAAGAAGGUUGAUGGCUUCCUAAUUCUGCAUCAGACUCCUGACUAACCAAAGAGCUCAUCAUUUUAAUUCUGCAUGAAAUAGAACAUCACAACGGACCAAGGAAGGAAACCGGAACUUCCAAGGCCCAGGAGAUCCUUAGGAGAUCCCAGGGUCGGUCCCGGGUCCAAAAGACUGGUGACGAACGUCGAGCCGCUGACUAAGUCAAAUGCGGUCUCAUUCAUUUUGGCGGUCUGUUUUGAACGGAAAAACAUGGCAUCCCAAGUUGAAGAUCUUGAAAGGAUUUUUCAAGAUAUCUCAAACCACAGCAGAAACAUCAAAUCUCUUGAGUUCUGCAAUGCUGUGGAUGGAAAUCAUGAACUACAGUUCCAAAAGCACAAGAGUCAUCUUGUAAGUUUAAAGACUAUGUUGAUAAGGUUACAAACCCAAUCCCGUUUCCUGGAAAAUGUAGCAAAAGAAAACUGGUCUUCACCUGACAACAUACAAAAGAAAGAACAUCAAGCAAAUGCAACUGGGAAUGAAAGUAAGAAAGACAAACAGAUGAUUGAGGAGCUGGAGACAAAGAUUGAUGACUUGGCUGAAACUCUCUGCACCAAACACAAAGUUUUGAAGGAAAAGCUUGAGCUUUUGGAACAGAGAAUUGCCGCCACCAAAGACAAGAAAAGCAAGUACGAGAUGCUGAAGGAGAAGUCAGAGCAGUUUGUUGGCAAAGUACAGGAAAAGGAAAAUGAGGAAGAAUCAAUUGACGAAGUGAAAGCAAAACAGUUAGAAGCCGACUUGGCUAUCCAGCAGUGUGAGGCGGCCAUCUCUAGCCUUGAACACUGCAAGGGACUACUGCAGGCCGAGGUGAUCCGUCUGGAGGAGUGUGUUAAUGAACUGCAAGAGGAACUGAAGAUACAAACAGUGCUCAAUCAAGAUUGUGACGAACACGAACAGAAAAAACGAGAAUGGCUGGCCGCCGCUGUACAACUGUACGCUAAUCUUGGAGGCGUCAAUGUACAAAGUGUUGACGGUGACUCUGUCGUCUUAGAGAUACCAAAUGACGCUAGACCAGGAGAUCAGGCUACUGAUCAAGCGGAAGCCCCCCUGAUUCUCACCAUAAAGUUUAGACUCGAAGGAGGGAUACGUCCUGUGUUUGCAGAAGCGAAGGUCAACUUGGACUCGCUGAAUAUCGACGAUCUUGUUAGUGAAGCUGUUGAUAGCGAAGACGUUGUGGCGUUUGUUCUUCAAGUUAAAAGACGCUUUAGAAACCAGCGAGGCCUGAUCAGAGAAGUGGAAGAAUUACAGACAAAUCACGCGAUGGACUGGGAACCAAGUCACGGCCGUAUCCGAGUGAUGCUGGGAAGGAGUGGUAAAAUCGUCUGUACUUUAAAAGUGGAUCCCAGGUACUCCACUGGACAGGGAAAUGUCCAGCUUCUACGAGUAGAGGGAAGCUCUGACGAAACGGGAAUACAUAACUUGCAGGUACAUACCAGUGUUCCAGAUAAACAAGGGUUCUCAGGUCAAAAACCCGACAAGGUCAGCAACGUGACCCGACAAAUUAAUAGAAAAUUUAUGAUGAGUUGGUGGGAGCAUUGGAAAUUGACCCGUUGGAAUUCCUCAUUGGCACCAUACCCUGAAAAUUUAUCUGGA